UCCACGCCGGUCUCUCUCUCUCUCUCUCUCUCCUCCCCUUCUCUGGCUCUCACUCGCCCCGUGAACGAAAGAAGGGAACACCACACGCUCUCCGCCCUAUAAAUAAUCGCCUCCCCACUUCGGCCUCAUCUCCGAUCGAGAGGGCCCCGAUGGCGGGAGGAGGUCCACCGUUCUCCGAUAACGCUGAACAUCAGAAACCCUAGAUCCGAGAUCAGAUCCGUCUACGUUUGCCCUUUCUCCCCCUCCUCGUGGCUCUUGAUGGGAUCCGGAGGCAGCGCCAUGGAAGUCCUCGGGAGCCCCAGCUUCGCCGCGGCGUGCCUCCUCGGCGGCCUCCUCCUCGCCCUCUCCCUCGUCUCGAUCCGCCUUCCGCCGCCGCUUUUUGGGGUGCGGCUGCCCGGGAUCCGGCGGAAGAGGAAGACGCCCGUCCGGGUUUACAUGGACGGGUGCUUCGACAUGAUGCACUACGGCCAUUGCAAUGCCCUGCGCCAAGCCCGGGCGCUCGGCGAUCAGCUCGUCGUCGGGGUUGUCAGCGACGACGAGAUCACGGCCAACAAGGGGCCCCCCGUCACUCCCCUCCACGAGAGGAUGAUAAUGGUAGGUGCUGUGAAGUGGGUUGAUGAGGUCAUUCCAGAUGCUCCAUAUGCUAUCACUGAAAAGUUCAUGAAGAAGCUCUUCACUGAAUACAAUAUAGAUUAUAUUAUCCAUGGUGAUGAUCCUUGUCUACUGCCAGAUGGUACUGAUGCAUAUGCCUUAGCCAAAAAGGCUGGUCGCUAUAAGCAAAUCAAAAGAACUGAAGGAGUGUCAAGUACAGACAUUGUUGGUCGCAUGCUACUUUGUGUAAGAGAGAGACCACUUGGUGGUAGUCAUAAUCCUUCUUCUUUGCAAAGGCAGUUCAGCCAUGGGCACAACCAGAAAGUUGAUGAUGUGGGGUCUGGUACUGGAACUCGGAUAUCCCAUUUCUUGCCUACAUCUCGCCGAAUAGUGCAAUUUUCAAAUGGCAAGGGUCCAGGCCCCGAUGCUCGCAUAAUUUACAUAGAUGGUGCAUUCGAUUUGUUCCAUGCAGGACAUGUGGAGAUACUACGACUUGCUCGAGGACUUGGUGAUUUUCUACUUGUGGGGAUUCAUACAGAUCAGACAAUCAGUGCUACUCGAGGAGCUCAUCGUCCAAUAAUGAAUCUUCAUGAGAGAAGCUUGAGUGUGUUGGCCUGUCGUUAUGUAGAUGAAGUAAUUAUUGGUGCCCCUUGGGAAGUUUCAAAAGAUAUGAUUACUACCUUUAAUAUUUCUUUGGUUGUUCAUGGAACAGUAGCUGAAAAUAUGGAUUUUCUAAAGGAAGAGUCGAAUCCUUAUGCUGUUCCGAUGGAUAUGGGAAUCUACAAGCAAUUAAAAAGUCCUCUAGAUAUCACCACUAGUACAAUCAUCAAGCGAAUUGUUUCAAACCAUGAAUCGUAUCAGAAACGAAAUGAGAAGAAGGAAGCCAGCGAAAGGAGGUAUUACGAGAACAAAAGUUAUGUAGCUGGAGACUGAGUCUCACGAGGUCAACUGGAAGCUAUUAUUUCCGGAAUCCUCCCAUUAUUAACUCCUGCAGAGGCAGUAAUUGAAAUAUCGACCCAACAUUAAUUAGUUUUGAGUUUUCAUCAUUUUUAACGUUUUGCAGAUAGCCAUUAUGCUGCUGAUGUAGCUCAGAUGAUAGGCUGGAAGGUAUAACCACGAGCAUUGAGCAACGUAGUCUAUCAAGUUAAUUCUUUUUUUAACAUGCUUAAAUGUUCCCGUACCAAUCUUAAUUAUGUCAGCCUGGGAUGAGUUGUAACUGAGGUUCAUUAGAUCAUACAUAUGUAUUCUUUGUUUCUUAGUGUGAUACAUCAUUUCCUUGUA